UCACGAAGUUUUGAUAUCAUAUUUCUUAUGCCCCAAUGAAUUUGACAAUAAUACGAUGAUCUAUACCAUGAAUCCUUUCGAUGAUCGAGCUCCUGAACCUUGGGAAAAAGUAGAAAUUCCAGAAAAAUCAUGUGACGUAUGCACAAUCUAUAGAAUGUCGUUCAUUAACGACGCUGGAAUAUGUUCAAGUAUAACUUUUGACAAAGCAGAGUUCUUAAACGGAUACAAGCUUAACGAUUUGUCCUACGAUAUGCAGCAUUUACGAAAAUCAAAAUUUUUCUAUGAAAAUUUAUGGUUAGCAAUGAACAUUACCUCUGUUGGAUAUUAUAGCGAUGCGACACGUGGACAUUUGCAAACAUCUGCUAGCGACCCAUUGCCAUUGGACUAUUUAACGCCGAAUGAUUACAACAUUAUACCUUACUACGAGCAAGGAGGAUACGUUAUAGUGACACAAAAACACAGUUUUGUACCAACUCUCGAUCAAGUUAUUGACAGUUUUUUUACUUGGGAAAGAAUAACUAUGUCAUCAAUUAUUCUAAUAGUUAUUUUUUUAAUAAUGUUUCUUAAUAACCGGUACGAUUUCAGUGCGACCAUUUUAGAUCUCUUAGCGUUUCUUCUCAACAUAGGAAUAUCAACUCCAAUUCUUCGAUUUUCAAUGCGUAUCAAUUUCAUGAGCGCAACAUUAUUUGCAUUGAUUUUUAAUCCGGUGUUACAGGGGCAAGUCACUUCGCUCUUGAGUAGACCCGGUGAUAGAAAUGUCCAAAGUUUGAGGGAUUUGAUAGAUCAUAAUUACCGCAUUUAUUUCCGUUCUAACGAGAUCACAAACAAAUUACGUGAAAAUCAGCCAUGGGAUGAUGAUGCUUUUAACCACUUUGUGCAUGUUUUUUUAAAAAAAAAAGAUCAAGAUGCUUGUCUGAAAUACGUUCGAAAUGAUUCCUCUGCUGCUUGUAUACUUGACUAUACCGAACUUGAACAAAUUGACAAAAAUUUACACUAUUCAAGAAAAAUUUCUCACAAAUGUCACGGUUUUUUAACUGCUAGAAAUUUCCCAUUAAAUAAAAAAAUCAAUAAGAUUGCACUUAAAUUGUUUGAAACCGGUCAUUUAAAUUAUGCGGAGAGACGCGAGUUUCAUAAGAUUUUGUUAGAACGAAAACGAAAAAUUGAAAGAAUCAAGGCAUUAAUGAAAUAUAAUCAACUGGAUCUCCAAGAUUUCGAACUAGCUUACAUUUCAAUGACACUUGCGUUGGCUUGGGCGAUCAUUAUUUUUGGUAUCGAAGUUUUAAUUAAAAAAAUAUUAAAUUUUUUAGAUAGACGUGCGAAAAAGUUAGAGAUGAGAAAAUUGAUGAUAAGAGAGACAAUCGCGUCUACCGUUAGACGAAUCGCCAUUCUCACUGAACAAUUGUAA